AUGCUUCUUAGUUUAUUAUACUUUCUGAAGCUCUCAGAGAUUUCUGUGUAUGCAUGCACUCGGCGAGAAUUGUAGUAUCUUGCGCUUUUCAUGUUAUCUGUUAGUUUGGGUGAAUAUCGGUAGUCAUAGUAGUCUUUCACACUUGUUUUUCUUCAAUAUAAUGUUGGCCAAUUAUUUGAAUGUAAGCAGUAUGACUGAGAAUGUCGCUCCUGCACCCAAUGGCGAGAGCAUUGAUGAGAGAGUCGUAAAGCAGCUUGAGUACUAUUUCGGGAACAUUAACCUUCCGAGAGACAGAUUUUUGCAAGACAAUAUGAAGCAAGAUGAUGGGUGGAUACCAAUAAAAACGCUACUCACUUUCAAUAGGCUUGCUGCCAUAACGACUGAUGCUGACGUAAUUGCAAAUGCUGUGAAAGCUGCAAAUUCUGAGAUCAUCAGUGUUUCUGAGGAUGGCCAGAAAAUUCGUCGAAACAUCGGUAAUCCAUUGCCUGAAAACUCGUUGGAGUACUGGCAGAAAAUAAAGCAUUGCACAGUUUACAUGAAGGGAUUUGAACAGAACACUAGUCUUGAUGAUAUUAUGACUUUCGCCAAAAAAUUUGGGCAAGUAGAGAACGUGCUGAUGAGACGUACAAAACCCGACCGAGUUUUUAAGGGCUCUGUGUUCAUCACCUACAAAACAAGAGAAGAGGCCGAAAAAGCUCAAAAGGAUGAUGCAAAAUUUGGAGAAAUAGAGCUCAAGAAGAUGAUGCAGGAUGAUUACUGGGCAAUGAAAAACCAGGAGAGCAAGGAAAAACGUCAAGCAGAGAAGUUGGCAAAAUUAGCCAAAAAUGCUGCAGAGCACGCGGAAAAAAUCCAGGCCAAGACUUGCGCGAAAUUCGUGAAAGGAUUGAUUUUAUCUGUUGACGGACUUCCUGACGACACAACAGUUGCUGCUAUCAAAGAGUUUUUCAGAAAAUUUGGUGAUGUCGGUUAUGUUGUGUAUGAAGCUGGUCAAAGCAAAGCUGAGAUUCGAUUCUCUGGUGCUGAAAAUGGAGCUCAAGAAGCAUGGAGUAAAGCUGCUGCAGCCGGAACUGAUGGAAAGGUGCUGUUUCAAGAGAAGGAAAUCACUGCAAAGGUGUUGGAAGGAGAGGAAGAGGAAAAUUACUGGACAGCAUUUAAUGCAAGUAAGCAAAAUAAAUUUGACCGUAUGAGCGCCCGACGUGGACGCGGCAGAGGGCGUGGUGGGUAUGGUGGUAGGGACCGCGGACAGAAACGCCCAGCCGAACGGGACGAUGCCCUCAAAGGCAAGAAAAUAGUGUUUGAGGACGAUGAUGGGAAACCCGAACCAGCUGGAACAGAUUCAUUGAAUGGAAGUGGCGGUUUUGCUGAAACAAAAUCAGAGUCGGUGAAGGAUGUGGAAAGUAAACAUGAGUCAUCGAAGCCAAUAGAAAGCAAAGAGGAGUAGCACUAGGUUUGUAGUUGUCAUGUAUUAUAUUACUGAUUUCAUAUUUGUCACACAUCUUGAAUUGAUCUUUGGUGAAUAACCUUUUUUUUUUGUCGUGAAGAAUUUGUUUCCGAUGAAUGCUUGUACUUGCUAUGUGUCAAUUUGAAAAACUUUUUUCCUCAGUUAAUCUUGUUAGCGCAGUGAUGUUGUGCGGAAUUUGUUUGUUCAAAGUUGUUGAUUGUGUGAAUAAAUGAUGAUCAAUUGAUUUGUCUGAU